CACGGAGACACAAGCAACUAAAGGCACAUACUUAGGUAAAAAAAACCCUCGGGAAAGUGGACAAGGCAAAAGGCGCCGAAGCCUGCACAGUCGCUGUCAGAGGGCGGAGCGUUCUGCUUGACGCGCAGCUCUUGUUUUCCCGUGAGCGCGGAUUGGGCGCGAGAUCUCGUGAGAUGUGGGACUUCUCGCGAGAGCUGCAUUCAAAAACUCUCUGGCGCUUUACCAUCCAGGCCGUCUGAGUAAGUAAACCGAAUAAAUGGAAAGUGGAUUCUGUGGAAAGCGGGUUUAGUCGUCACGAAUCUGGGAUCCCGGGACGAGCCACCGGCCACAGCAACUGUAAAGAGUGAGAAAAGAGUAGGCUUAACACAGAAGUGAUCAUGGAGGCAGAUACCAUCAAAGAUCUUCGAAAUAGGCUCAAAGAAGCUGAAAAAGAACGCCAACAAGCUGCACAGUAUGGUUUACAACUAUUGGAGAGCCAGACGGAAUUGCAGAAUCAACUGGAUAAGUGUCAUAAUGAAAUGAUGACCAUGACUGAGAAUUAUGAACAAGAAAAAUACACUCUUCAGAGAGAAGUUGAACUUAAGAGUCGGAUGUUAGAAAGUUUGAGCUGUGAAUGUGAAGCUGUUAAACAACAACAGAAAAUGCAACUAGAGAAACUAGAAGAACAGCUAAACAGAAGCCAUGGGCUGGAAGUAAAUGAGCUGAAAAAUAAGUUAGAGAAGCUGAAAGUGGAGUUGGAUGAGGCUCGGCUGAGUGAGAAGCAGUUGAAGCACAAAGUGGAUCAGCAGAAGGAACUCCUGUCCCAGAAAUCUGAGGAGUUGCGGGUCGUGUCUGAGCGCACACACGAGAGCAUGUCUUCAGAGGUGCUGGCUCUUCAGGUGGAGUUGACUGAAAUGGAAAGUAUGAAGGCCACCCUCAGAGAAGAAGUCAAUGAGCUACACUACCGACAAGAACAACUAGAAUGUCUCAACACGAAUUUGAUGUGCCAGGUAGAUCGGCUGAAAGAAGAGAAGGAAGAGCGAGAGAAAGAAGCAGUUUCUUACUACAAUGCCCUUGAGAAAGCUCGUGUGGAGAAUCAAGAUCUUCAGGUGCAGCUGAGUCAGGCACUGCAGCAAGCUUUGGAUCCCAAUAGUAAAGGAAACUCUCUGUUUGCAGAGGUGGAAGAUCGAAGGGCAGCUAUGGAAAGGCAGCUUAACAGUAUGAAAGUCAAGUAUCAGUCAAUGAAGAAGCAAAAUGCAUUUAACAGAGAGCAGAUGAACAGAAUGAAGUUACAAAUUGCUACAUUGCUGAGGAUGAAAGGAUCUCAAGCUGAAUUUGAGCAGCAGGAACGGUUGUUUGCCAUGUUGGAACAGAAGAACGGUGAAAUAAAACACCUUUUAGGUGAAAUUAGAAGUUUGGAGAAAUUCAAGAAUUUAUAUGGCAGUAUGGAGCCUAGGACUUGCAUGCCAAUCAACUCUUGUGCUGUGGAGGACAGCACCUACUAUUCAGAUUUGCUUCAGUUACAGCUUGACAAGUUAAACAAAGAAAAUGAAAGCACAAAAGGUGAAUUGUCCAUACAGCGAAUGAAUGCAUUAUUUGAGAGCCAACGGGCCCUGGAUAUUGAGAGAAAACUUUUUGCAAACGAAAGACGCCUCCAACUUUCAGAGAGUGAAAAUAUGAAACUUAGAGCUAAACUAGAUGAAUUAAAGCUGAAGUAUGAACCUGAAGAGAAAAUCGAAGUACCCCUACUCAGAAAGAGGCGUGAAGUCCUGCCUGUGGCUGUGACCAACUCCAAAGAGACAUGUGCUGACACUGCCGCUAGGGAAGAAGGUUCUAGACUCCCAGUUCAGGAAAAGGAGAAUCAGCCCUGUUCUAAUAAGUUAGAAGAUAACACCUUACUCCGGGAAAAGUCAAUUUCUUCAGACAUAGCCAUAGCUUGUCUUUCUCCUCGUAAGAAUCUGCCCCUGGGCGUGCACCCGAAGAAGGAAAAGAAAUGUGUGACGCUGCUGGACGGCGCAGCUGACACUGAAACCUCAUGUGAAAAACGUGGGAAGUGCUCCAGCUCUCCCAGGUUAACUGCUGACUUAAGGCUUCAAACAGAAGUUAAAGAAGGGAAAGAAUCUACAAGCAAACUGAGAACCGAGCUUUGUAAGAAACCACACUCCAUUCUUUACGUGUCCUCCAAAUCGACUCCAGAGACCCAGUGUCCCCAGCAGUAGUGCCUCGCUCGCUCACUGCACUACCUGGAGCUUGGCGGACUGAGACGGUCUUUGUGUGAAGGACACCAUCUUGGACAGUAUCUGCAUAUGCUCACUGUGCCAAAACCUGCCAUUUUCUAACUCAUUUAACCAAGUGUUCAAAUUUGGUCAUGAUGCCAACCAGGAAGGUUUUUGUUUUUGGUGAAAAUCCUUCAUAGAACUUCUGUGAAUCAAAGUGAAUAAACUGUCAUAAAAGGAAAAUGUUAUCAUUAACAUAAAUCUAUUUGCUUGUAGUAUCUGGACUUUUGAAGUUAUAUAGAUACUUCAAGAAAACACUGAAGUCAUUAACUAUUGUAUUCUCCUUUGUACUUGUUUUAUGAAUGUAAAAUUUUCUUAUGUUGUAAAAAUAGUAAUCUGGAUUGAAAAU